UGGUGUCUCAGGCUGGGGCUGGCUAGGAGGCAGCACGGGACGCACACAACCAGUCUGCUCUCAGUGUGUUACUAGCUCUUGUGGUACUUGGAUGUUUGCGCGCGAGCUUGUCUCUCAAUCCUCACUGCCUCGGGUAAUCGGCAGUGGCAGUGAUUGUAUCUAUGUUAUGUAGUGAGAAAACAAAUGUGAUACUUGAACCUCUUGGUGCUGUAGUGGAACUUCCAAUACAUAGGUGUUAUUGUGUGUUGUCUAGAAGAUAGUGAAGUUGUGUAGGUGAAACAUUAUUAGUGGCCAUCACAACUUGUCUGGCUCCAUAAUAAAUUUGUAUAUUUUGUCACAAGGAAAGUACAAGAAAGUUUUGUGAUAUCUACAUUUGGUGAUUUAAGUAUAUAGUGACUUGUUACAGCAAAUUAUAUAUAUAUUGAUGUGUGAGUGGAGCGUUGGUGUCGUGUUUACUCGGGAUGAUGAUUGCUGUUGCCUUCCUGACCUGAGGUCACCACACCCAUGAGGUGCUUUCCGAGACCAGAUGUGUGACCUGACCUUCCUCAGGUCACCCCACUACACUAGAAGAUACCUACACCAUCGAACAUGUCGCAUCAACAGAGGACAGUUCCAAAGCGAAUGGAUGGUCUUCGGGCUGUAGAUGUGAUGACCAUCUUGCACGAGAAGGUGGCCUUUCUGUCUGGGGGACGAGAUCAGCGGCCAGGUCCUAUUCUUACCUUCCCUGCCAGCACUCGCAGAGAUCGUCUCAAGCAUGAUGAUUACCAUCCCUUGUUGCAGUACCUCAUGCAGAUUCCUAGUGAUGAAGUUCGGGAAGCAGGCUUCACAGUAAUAAUAGAUAUGCGAGGGUCAACGUGGAACACCGUUAAACCCAUCUUGAAGGAGCUGGCUGAAAGUUUCACCCCACACAUUUAUACUGUAUUCAUAGUGAAACCAGACAAUUUUUGGCAAAAGCAACGAACCAGUAUAGGUAGCCAUAAGUACAAGUUUGAGACUAAUUUAAUAAGUGUAGAGACUCUAGCCAAGACCAUAGAUCCUAGCCAGUUAACGACAGACUUCGAUGGAACUCUCGCAUAUGAUCACAAUACUUGGAUUGAAUUACGGUUAGCAGUGGAGGAUUUUACUUGGCAGGCCAAUGAACUUCUAGAUCAAUUAGAAGAUGUCAGGGAUGAGCUUCAGCAAAGUGAUUUUGCUGAUGAUGUCAAUGGUGCUAAACGUGCUAUUGAACGUCACAAAGAAAUGCACCAAAAAGUUACUGGUAGCCUGGUUCAUGACCUGGAUAUGAUGGGCCAGCGAUUAUUACAAAGAUUAAACUGUGAUGAGGGAAGUGGUUAUGACUCUGGGUAUUCUGGUCGUGAUAGUGCAUCAAGUCUCAUACUAAAUAACCCAGACUUUCAGAACAGUAUUCCACAGAUUCUAAGUUUAAUGGAGUCUGUACAUCAAGCACAGCAACACGUCCAACAACUCUGGCAGCAUAAAAAGAUGAGACUUGAUCAGUGCUUCCAGCUCAGACUCUUUGAACAAGAUGUGGAGAAGAUGUUUGAUUGGGUGUACCAUAACCGUGAACAGUUCCUAGUCAAUUACGUAGAAAUAGGUCAUUCAUACCAAGUAUCCAAAGAUCUUCAAGAGGCUCAUUCCCAGUUCACUGUUGCCUGUCAGAAGGUGUACCUGAACAUCAAUAGAAUACUAAGUGUAGCAUCUAGACUCAUGGAAAGUGGUCACUAUGCAGCUCAACACAUUGGAAAUGUAGCAGCCAAAUUAGACCAGGUUUGGAAAGAAUUUGCUGCUGGAUUAGAUGAAAGAUCUUCAGUGUUGGCCCUGUCUGUUAUGUUUCAUCAAAAAGCUGAGCAGUAUAUUGAGAGUGUACCUACAUGGGUAGAGAGUUGUAAAGUGACAACUUUGCCCUCGGAUAUCAUAGCCCUGGAAUCCUCAAUUCACCUUCAUCAGUCACUCUACGAAACCAUGUGCCAAGCUUACACAGAGGUUCACAGUACCAGUAAGAAGCUUCUCUACCAGUUGGAUCAUCUGGUACAAAUAUGUAGCCAGCUGCGACGUGAUGGCCAGAUGCGCAGCAAGCACAAGAAGCCACGAGGAAAGCCAUCUGCCUACUCUGUGACUCCAGAUGGUAAAGUUGUAUAUCGGGGAGGACCACACCAGCAGCAGCGUGGACCUGGGACAAGUGGAAAUCCUGCAGCUGACUACUCUGAGGGUGCUAGUCAUGUCUUGGCCGUAAUUCAUGAAAUUUUAGGUCACCAUAGGGCAGUUGAACAGAGAUGGUCAGAUAAGAAGCUCAAGUUACACCAAAGAUUGGCACUUCGUUUAUUUCAAGAAGACGUGAAACAGGUCCUUGACUGGUUGCAGACACACGGUGAAGUCUUUCUACAUAAAAAUCCUGGCAUAGGUCGUAAUCUCUCUAAAGCUCGGAUGUACCAAAAGAGUCAUGAGCAUUUUGAAAAUGUUGCACAGAAUACGUAUACCAAUGCAGAAAAAUUAUUACAAGCAGCAGAGGAACUUGCUCAUACCGGGGAAUGUAAUCCAGAGGAGAUCUAUAGUGUUGCUCAAAGGUUGGACUCGCACAUUGCAAGUUUUGCAACCAGAGUGCAGCAAAGACAUCGACUUCUUAAUAUGGCUGUUUUGUUUUAUACUCAUGAAAAGGAGCUGUUGUCUUGGUUAGAGGAGCUGAGUUCAGAAUUAGAAAGUGAAGAAAGGGUGGACGAAACUGCUGAUUCGGUUGAGGCAGCAGAGAGAUUAUUGGCUCAGAUGACAACACAACGAGACUCCACUCUCGAUGCUUGUGUCUCUACCACCCAUGAGGGAGAAGGACUUUUAAAUGAACUCAGAUCUGCUAAUGUGCCUCCUGAAACUGGUUGUGGAUCUGUAGAAGGUGUGGAAGAAGCUUUAGAAAGACUAGUCAAAAAACGUGAUGAAUUGGAAAAUUUGUGGGCUACUCGUAAACUUAGAUUGGAUCUACUGCUUCAGUUAAGGCUCUUUCAAAGAGAAUCUGUAGAACUCCUUGGACAAUUGGAUCUCUGGGGUGAAAAGCUACAAGACACAGACUUUGGACGAGACAUAACUGAAGCAGAGCAAAUGUUAGCACUGCACAAUGACUCGACUUCUCACAUGCAGAAUGCAACAUAUCAGGUGCUUCAGAGUGGGCAGGAACUUUUGCAACUUCUUGAGACGUCAGGAAUCCAGAUCCGUGCUGAUGCAGAAUCAGAUGGAAACACAAAAGUUUCCAUGUUAUUAGAAUGCAUUCAUGAACGACAGAUGGAUAUAGAGGUGCUGACAGAUAUGAAGCGAAUCAAACUAGAGCAGUGUAUUCACCUGCUUCAAUUUGAAAAUGAAGCCAAUCAAGUGAUCAGUUGGAUCAGGAAUGGAGAAGCAGUAUUAGCAGCAAGUUUUACCAUUCCCAGUUCCUUGGCAGAAUCAAAUGCUUUAUCACAUGAUCACGACCAGUUCCAGGUUGCAAUAGAAAAAACUCACGCAGCUGUGGUUCAAAUCCGGCAACGCUCUUCUGCAUUACUAAUGGCAAAGCACUAUAGUCCGGAGCAGGUUAUGGAGAUAGAGUCUAAUGUCACCAAGAGAUGGGAGAAACUUGUGACUUGUGCUGAAGACAGGUACAAAUUAGUCCAAGCAUCAAUUACAUUCUUCAAAACAGCAGAACAAGUGUGUUCUGUGUUGGAAAGCCUGGAACGUGACUAUAAGCGAGAAGAAGAUUGGUGUCAAAAGGAUGUUGCAGCCCCAGGUGCUACAUCCACUCAAGGGGAACAGCAGCCAUCACAACAACCACCACAGAAACAAGAACAACAGCAACAAGGAAGUCAAGUAGGGUCAGAUCGAGCAGCUUCAAUUUCUCUUUUGAUCAAUAAACACCAAGAACAAAAAGAAGGAUUUUUGAAAGCCUGUACUCUUGCCAGACGUACUGCCGAGACGUUUUUGAAAUAUUCUAAUCGAUCUCAGAACUAUUAUAAUUUGAAAGGUGAUGUAGGGCUUAGAGGACCAGAAACCAAAGUUAGGGGUAUUUUAGACAAUCUCAUGGCACAAGAAAAUAAAGUGCUUGACCACUGGACACAGAAGAAGAAAAAACUUGACCAGUGUCAGCAGUUUGUUCUUUUUGAGGGAUCUGCCAAGCAAGCUUUAGAUUGGAUUAUGGAAACUGGUGAAAUGUACCUUUCCACGCAUACUAAUCUGGGUGAUACCAAAGAGGAAACUGAAAAACUAUUGAAAGAGCAUAAUGAAUUCAAAGGUACAGCUAAAGACACUAGAGAACGAGUGAAAUUAUUAUUGCUUUUGGCAGAUUCCUUAGUUGAGAAAGGCCAUGCUCAUGCUGCUGCUAUCAAAGAUUGGGUAGCAAGAGUUGAUUUGGCUUAUAAAAACUUCUCAGGGCGCAUGGAUAGGUAUCGUAUGCAAUUGGAAAGUCGUUUAGGCAUUCAGAGUGAGGAUAGCAAAGCUUCACUCUCUUUAGAUCGCCAUAGUGACCCAUCUCUAGAAAAUAAAGUUGGGGCAGUGGUGUCAGUAGCAGAAGUGGCCAACAAAGAAAUUAGUGAGGAAAAACGUAAAUCUGCUCGAAAGAAAGAACUAAUCAUGAGAGAGUUACUUCAGACUGAAAGAAUUUAUGUUAAAGAUCUAGAAGUGUGUACAAGAACUUACCUUUAUGAAACUCGACAGCCUUCUGCCCCAUCUGGGCUGCAGGGGAAAGAUAGUAUUAUAUUUUGUAACAUAGAGGACAUUUUGCAAUUCCAUAAGGACAUUUUUCUUAGAGAGAUUGAAAAGUAUCAGAGUAUGCCCGAAGAUGUUGGACAUUGUUUCGUGACGUGGGCUACCGAGUUUGAUGUUUAUGUUACGUACUGUAAGGCUCAACCAGAGUCAAAUCGUGUGCUAGUCAGUCAUUCUGGUACCUUCUAUGAAGAGGUUCAGCGCAAGCACAAUGUGGAGCAUCCCAUCCCAGCCUACCUGAUCAAGCCAGUGCAACGUAUUACCAAAUACCAGUUGUUAUUAAAAGAACUUCUCUCAUGUUGUGAGGAUGAAAAUCAGGGAGAAAUUAAGGAUGGCUUGGAGGUGAUGCAAAAUGUUCCCAAGAAAGCCAAUGAUGCUCUUCACUUGUCCAUGCUUGAUGGCUGUGAUGUUCCUCCUGACUCUCUGGGAGAGGUUAUUCUUCAAGAUACUUUCCAGGUUUGGGAUCCACGGCAACUAAUCAGAAAGGGUCGUGACCGGCACAUAUUCUUGUUUGAUCUGUAUCUGGUGUUUUGUAAAGAAGUGCGGGAUCCCAGUGGUAACAAGACCAAAUAUGCAUAUAAGAAUCGUCUUGUUACUUCUGAACUUGGAGUCACUGAACACAUUGAAGGUGAUGAAUGUAAAUUUGCUGUAUGGACUGCACGAACAGGAGUUAGUGAUGGCAAGAUGAUUUUGCGAGCAAACACCCUAGAAGUGAAACAAACUUGGGUGAGAAAGCUCAGAGAAGUGCUCCAAGAGACAUACUUGAGUUCUGCCUUACCUUUCUCACUAGCCAAAUCCCCAGCUAAAACUCCCAAGCAGAACCGUGUCAGCAGAGACAUGGAAGAGUCAAUAGACGAGAGUGCAGAGAAUACUGAUCGUAACUCUCUCGCCUCUUAUUCCUCAUCCAAUACAGACUCCGAUAAGGGAGGCGGGGAGGUGACGUGGGUGUUGGAGGACUGGUGUGGGUCAGGGUCUGGAGAGCUCACUGUGACCCGGGGUCAGCAGGUGGAGUUGUUGGAGAUACCCUCCAUACAUACACACACUCGUGAUCCUACCGAGUGGGCUUACGUCAGGCUUUCCCACGCCCACGACCAUGAAGGCUUGGUACCCCUCACCCUGCUCCGCCAGCCGCCCAGGCAACACACGCGGGCUGACCUCGACUUGUCAGAGGGCGUGGCGGGGAGCGGCGGGGAGGGCGUGGGAGGACCGGCCUCCACCACGCCAGCUGGUGGCGGCUCCUCCCCCGUCACCAAGCGCAAAGGAUUCUCCAGUCGAAAAUGGUUACCUCCACCUCUACGGAAGCUGAGUCAAGGGCGUGUAGAGCGCGUGACCUCUCCCUCGGCUACUACUCCUGCACUUGAUCCUGCCCACAACAAGCCAGACCACACGCAUAAUAAAGACCACGCCCCUAACAGACAGGACCACGCCCACAAACACCAGUUCAGGAAGGCGUAUUCUGAACGCAGGUUUAAGGUUGGCGGGGCUGGCGAUAUGGGGAACAAGGCUGGAGUUCCAAGCCAGUCAGAGGAGGAACCAGAGGUGGUACCCUCAGCCAGAGUGCCACCCCUUACUGUACACCCAGGCGGUGUUUCGGGAACAAGUCGAUCACUGUCAGUGGAAAAUGGUGAGGAGGGCGAGCUGGAGUUACCACCCCCCAUGAAGGUCAUGGAACAACCCAUGUCUGCAGCAGCUGCCCAGGGUGCACCUGGGCCCACCACAGUGACAUCAGGACCCACACUUCCACCACUUGAUGAUAUUCUACCUGAUGCUCCCAACAGAUCGUCAAGUGUAGCCCUGAAGACAGCAGAGGGGACCACGACAGACCUGGCCACGGAGAUAGAAAACAUUGUCAAGGAGAAGAUGGAACAACAUUCUGAAACUAGUGAACGUUUGAAAGAAUGGGGAAGCUCAGGAGAUGGGUGUUGUGGUGAUGAAGCCUCAUCUCCCCUACCAUCUCAAGGUGCUCUGUUAACCUCUCAACUAUCAGAUGAUGCAGAUCUGGGGGCCUCAGCCCUACCUCAUUCACUUCUUGUACAAGAUUCUAGUCCAGAUGAACAUGAAAAUAGAGGAACACUGCAGCAGGCCUACUGGCCCAUACAAGGUGAUUGUGAUAUGACAAGGGAACAGCGAGAACUUCACAAACGACAAUUUGUUAUUGCUGAAUUAGUAGAAACUGAACGUCUUUAUGUCCGAGACCUCGCAGAUGUUGUUGAAGGUUAUAUCACAGAGAUGCGGAAUCCAGAUUCAGAGGUGAAAAUGCCUGAAGACCUAAAAGAUGGGAAAGACAAAAUGGUAUUUGGAAAUUUGGAAGCUAUAUAUGAGUGGCACAGAGACUUCUUCAUGAAGAAUAUAGAACGAUGCUUAGAUCAUCCUGAAGAAAUUGGAGGAGUUUUCCAGCGAAGUGAGAAGCGGCUUCAGAUAUAUAUCAAAUACUGUCAAAAUAAGCCUACCUCCGAGUACAUUGUAUCAGAGUACUCUAAUUAUUUUGAGGAACUGAGACAAAAAUUAGGUCACAAACUUCAGUUACCAGAUUUGCUAAUCAAGCCAGUGCAGAGACUGAUGAAAUACCAGCUGCUCUUGAGAGAUAUUCACAAACACACAGAAAGAGCUGGAUUACAACAAGAAGCGGAAAGCAUCAAGAGAGCACUCAACAUCAUGAUUGUUGUCCCAAAAGCUGCUAACGACAUGAUGAAUGUUGGACGGUUACAAGGAUUUGAUGGCAAGAUCAUGGCUCAAGGCAAACUACUCCUGUAUGGUCCAUUGAUGUGUUGUGAAGGACUGUCUGCUCACAAUUUCAGAGGGAAGGAUUUGAUGGUGUUUUUGUUUGAGCAAUCCAUAAUCUUUUCCGAGAGUGGUCGGAAGAAGAACCAAUUUUCUAAUCCAGUUUAUGCGUACAAGAGUCAUUUACAGGUCAACAAAAUGAAUUUAGAAGAGAAAGUUGAGGAUGGGGACCCCUUCACAUUCCUGUUGAAGUCAGCUGAUCCUAGGAAACCCAACCUGGCUUUUGUAUGCCAAGGAGCAUCUGAAGAUGACAAAAACCAGUGGGUGUCACAGAUUAAACACCUUCUUCAAACUCAAAAGGACUUCCUCAAGGCUAUUCAGUCCCCAAUUGCAUACCAGAAGGAACAAACCAAGAAUGUGAUGGAUCAACCAGAGCGAGGCGGCAGUUGGAAUGCCCCUCUGCGUAAAACUUUCAGCCAGCCUCCCAUAUCUCACCGUGCUCCUGUCACUAAAAAGAAAGCUAAUACUAUAGAUAUUCCUUUUAGCCCAAGUGUAAGCAACAAUAGUGGAGUUAGUGGUCCUACAUCUUCUGUAGCAAGUAGUUCAUCAGUUGUGUGCACAAGUUCUAAACCUCCACCUCCCCCACCAGCCCCACCCUCAUCCUCUACAGGAUCUCGGAUACCUACAUAUAUCCCUAUUAAAAAGCAAGGAUCAGUAGAUAAGCUUGAUGUACCCUCUAGUCCACCCAAACUUAAAAAGAACUUUUUUGAUGGCUUUCGAAGUACCUUGCGACCAAGAGUAAAAGCAGAUGGAGCAGGAAGAGGAGCAGAAGAAGACAUAACUGAAGGAGUAGCACCCCUACUAGCAUCACCAAGAGAGGAAGGUAAUAAUGACACUCAACCUCGCAGAUGGUCUGAAUCAGGAUCUCCAACAAAGUCGGGUGACUGGAGUGUGUCACUGCCAGCUGGCACACUUGUCAAGGUGCUGGCAAAUUUCACAGCAGUCAGAGAGGAUGAAAUAUCUGUAAGCAGAGGGGAAGUUAUCCAAGUAAUUUCAUCCAAUGUCUUACGUGGAUAUCUCGUUCAUCGUGCAGCAAGUAGUUGUAGCCCAGCUGCUGAGGGCUGGGUACCUGCAAAUGUUGUGCUUCCAUCAGCUUAUCCUGAUCUGCCUACAACUCCUCCUGCCUCACCCACACAUACAGGCUUAUACUAUGAAUCUCACGGCAAGAAACCUUGGAUCAAGUUCCGUAAACCUUCUUUCUCUAAAAGAGAUCAUCACUUGCUAAGAAGAGAGGAAACUGUACAUGAGAUUCCCUCUACAUCUCGUCCCUCUUUUCCCAGCAGGCAGAUGACCGUUUCAUUAAUUAAUCCUUAUCAUUCUGAAAGUGAUGGUCACUAUGUACAACAUCCUGAUAAACCUCCUAGUGGAUGUAUACCUGCCUCACCGGAGUCUCCUGUUAGGAUUAUGUCUCCUCUAAGAAAUGUGACAGUUUGUCCAGGGGAGCCAGCUGAAAUGGUAUGUGUAAUCACUGGUGCUGGAUUUUGGGCAGAAUCAACUACAGUGACAUGGGUAGGGCCUCAUGGGCAAUUGACUGAUCCACGCUUUGAAAUGGAACAACAUCGUGAUGGAACACUGAGACUACAUGUGGGUAGCUGCCGUGUAACAGAUGCAGGAGAGUACACGUGUACCAUCACCUGUGCCGGACAUUCCAUCGCUUGUUCUGCUCGCAUCAAUCUAGCCCAGGGCGUAAUUGAGGAAGAGGAAGAAGUAGAAACUAAUGUGAAAAAUUACAUACAAGAAGCCAGUGGGAAGGUGGAAAAUUUGGAAAUCAGUGACGAGAGUGAUGAUGAUUUGAAGGAGGCUGGGGACGACACCGAAGUUUCAUUUGCUAAGGACAAUGAAGAAGUAAAGUGGCAGUCAGGAUUCCAGAGGAGGUACUCCGUUACGCACGACCUCGGGCGGGGGAGAUUCAGUGUGGUGAAGCGAUGUCAGCGGCAGCGUGAUGGUCGGGAAGUGGCAGCUAAGUUUGUGCGCCGAGGUCGUCAGAAUGAACAAGAAACCGAAGCAGAGUACCACCUCCUGCGACGCCUCCGUCAUCCAUCCUUCACGCGCGCCUACGCCCUCUACACUGCUACACCUAAAUUUGACAUUCUAGUACUGGAACUAGUGAUGGGCUUGCCACUACUUGACUGGGUGUUUACAAAAGAAGCAACAACCGAAGCUGAAUGUGGCGUGAUUCUAGAGCAAGUGAUUAAUGCGCUUCAGUAUUUACACAAUCACCACAUAGUACACCUCGACCUCAAG